CGGCCAAUGUUUCGCUGCACGUCGUCCCAUGGCCUGCAUACCACCGUGGCUCGAAUACACGUCUUCUUCGACGUAGCUCCAUUGUGACUCGCUCGAGAAUGCAUCUCACGACCGCCGCUCUUCCGCUGCUGAGCUUUGCCGCAGCUCUCCGCAGUAGCGGCAAUGGCCAGCUCGCACAACCCGCAAUAGCACCCAAACGCGUCGCUAUAAUUGGCGCCGGCGCGGCAGGCUCAUCCGCUGCGUACCACCUCGCACAGUUCGCCCAAGACUCUGGGAUACCACUACAGAUUGACGUUUUCGAACGCGACUGGCACAUCGGCGGCCGUUCCACCACAAUAAAUCCCUGGUCAGACUCCGACCAAGCCGUCGAACUCGGCGCGUCCAUCUUCGUCGAUGUAAACCACAUCCUCGUAAAUGCGACCAAGGCCUUCAACCUAUCCACAAACAACCGCGAGAACCUCCUCGCAGAUAUCCCAGAAGUAGGAAUAUGGAACGGGAAAGAAAUCGUCUUCACAAUGAACGAGGGAGGAUGGUGGGACUUGGCGAAGCUAUUUUGGAGAUAUGGAUAUGCGCCUGUAAAAGCGAAUAAAUUGAUGCGGGAGACUGUGGACAAGUUCCUGCAGAUGUACGAGCGGCCGCUUUUCCCAUGGAACAGUCUGAGCGACGUGGUGCAGCUUGUGGGCUUGACUGAGGCGACGGGGCUGACGGGUGAGCAAUACAUGCAGAACAAGGGCAUUUCGCCGAAGUUUGCGAAUGAGAUUGUGCAGGCGAGCACGCGCGUCAACUACGCUUCGAAUCUGGGCACGAUUCAUGGUGUCGAGGCUAUGGUUUGUUUGGCUACGAACGGGGCUAUGAGUAUCGCGGGGGGCAAUUGGAGGAUCUUCGAACACAUGUUGAGCUCGUCCGACUCUAUCUCGACGCACCUGAACAACACCAUUACCCGUAUAUCGAAGCAGGCAGAUGGGUCAUAUAACUUGACAACUAUCGCCGGCCGCGUCUCGAGCUUCGACGAAGUCAUCUUGGCUGCACCUCUCCAGUUCUCCAACCUUGCCAUCGAUCCAGCACCGGAGCAUACGCCCGAGGAGAUUCCCUAUGUAAAGCUGCACGUAACGCACUUUGCGACGCCUCAUAAGCUGGAUCCGUCAGCUUUCGGAUUGGAGGCAGACAAGCCGGUGCCUGAGUAUGUGCUUACGACCCUGCAGGUCGAUGAAGAAUAUGGAUCAAAGCCGAACGUGGGCCGCGCCGGCUUCUUCAGCAUCUCAAUUGUCAGCUCGGGCGUAAAUGUCCACGGAUCCAAGCCACGCAGCGAGUACAUCUACAAGAUUUUCUCGCCAAAGCGGAUCGAUCAUCAAUUCCUUUCCCGUGUGCUUGGGCUUCAGGUAUCGAAGGAAGAGGCUGAGAAGGGCGACGUCGAUGGCACGGUUAGCUGGAUCAACCAUUGGGAGGUCCACUCGUAUCCCUAUGAGUAUCCUCGCGUAACGUUUGAUGAGAUCAAGCUGGAUGAGGGACUUUGGUACACGAGUGCUAUUGAGAGUUUUAUUAGUACAAUGGAAACAAGCGCGCUCUCUGGGAAGAACGUCGCACAGCUCAUCGUCAACGGAUGGAACAAGCAAUCUGGGGAGAGCUCUGAUGGUGAGGGCUUGAAGACUGGGGCGAAUUGGGACUUCAAACCCUUGUUGGAUAAUGGGCAGAGACCAAUGAAAGACGAUCUGUGAGGGUUGACCGGAAAGUCAAAGUAGUGAUGCAUGCAUUUCCCGUAGAUGUGCUACAUGAAAUCAUGAUGAUGGAA